CAAUCUGUGCAUCGUCUGUUUGAUGGGCAUUUCUACAUUUUCAGAAAAGAAAAUCUGUUGGAGAAUUAGUUAAAGAGAUGUGACGAGCUAAAGGAAUAAUGUCAAUAUUCCAACAGAAGAGGAGUAUUCUUAUUCAUCUGGCAGGACUGUAAGUGAGAAUGUAUUGUAUGGACAUGAAACCACGUUUGGUUCGAUCCAAACCUGUCCUGCACAGGAAUCUGUGUCGAGCGAGACGCUUCCUUCACCAUCCGCACGAGGAACACUCAACCACACAAACCCAAACCAAAACUCUGAUGAUUACCAGGGACUGCAGCCUCACCGCGAUGAAUGUUGAGUCCUGGGCGGACUCACCUGACCUCCCGACCCCGCAGCAGCCCGACAGGUUGUGCCUGGAGUCCUUCUGGAGCGAAGUGGAGACCAUCCGGAGCGACUCGGAGCCCGACAGCAGCAGACGAGAUUCCCGACAGUCUGAAGACGGCGAGCAGGAGGAGCUCUGGCUGCAGGAUGCUGGUUUGUCUCUGGUAACAGGUGAAGAAGAGGACGUGGAUAAAGCCGUUCUGUUGUCGACUCUCACGAAGACUCAAGCAGCGGCGGUUCAGAGACGCAUCGACUCAUACACCUGCUCGCUGCGCAAGAGGAAUAAAACACCAGCGCGACACGUCAGAGACGUCUUCGCUUCCCCCAUUGCUCAGUCAGCAGUUCCUGAGACACACAACAGUGAACCUGACACACACAGAAACAUGGAGAGUGUGACAAAGACACAACGAUCAGCUGUCAGCGGUCAGGAAACUCAAGGGCUAAAGAUGGAUGAGAUCUUUAUCACAGACGUGGCAUAUUGUGAACAAGCAGCCAUCUUACUGAAACAAGCCAAACUACCACAGAACAACAGCAGCCAGUGCAGGAAAGAUGACGGAGCUCUGCCGCGGGUCAUCUGUCCACAGUGCCGGCUGGGAGUGACGCGGGUGCUGGAUCUUUCCCAGCAGGACAUGAAGAAGGUUCGUCAGCUGGCUCUGAUUGACAUGACGGCGCUCUGCGACCUGCUGGGGCUCGAGGUCAAACGGCACAAAACCAGCAAACGGAAAAUCCCUGAGAGCUGUUUGUUCGGCGUUCCUCUCGCCUCAUUAGUGGAGAGCGAUCAGAAGAUCAAACCCAACACUCAGAUCCCACUCUUCCUCCAAACACUUCUGUCGUUUCUGGAGAAGAAGGGUCUUGAUUCUGAAGGGAUUCUGCGGGUUCCAGGCUCUCAGUCCAGAAUAAAAGUGCUGCAGCAGAAGCUGGAGAACUCGUUUUACAGCGGUUCCUUCAGCUGGGACGAGGUCAGUCCGAAUGACGCCGCCGCUCUGCUCAAGAAGUUCAUCCGUGAACUCCCCGCGCCGCUGCUGACCGCCGAACACCUCAACAGCUUCAGCGCCGUCCGAGAUAUUGCAGACCUGAAGCAGAAGCUACAUGUGUUGAAUCUUCUUGUGCUGCUGCUGCCAGAACCCAACAGAAACACACUGAAGGCGCUGCUGGAGUUCCUCAGUAAGGUGGUGUUAUGUGAGCGGCGUAACCGCAUGAACCUGUGGGCCGUCUCCACCAUCAUGGCUCCAAACCUCUUCCUGCACAAAGCUGUUCCCAGUAAACUAGCGGUGGACGGUCCAGAGAAGGGUCAGGCGGAGCGGGCGGCAGACAUCAUGAGACUCCUCAUCCGCUACCAGGACCUGCUGUGGACGGUUCCUAACUUCCUGUUGAGUCAGGUGAGGAAGCUGAACGAGAACAGCAGCCGUCGCUAUCAGUUCUACGACAAACGCAUCAAGCACCUGCUCAGGAAGAUCCACACGGACAGCAGAGACAAACCUGACAAGAACUCCGGCGAGCAGUGUCGGACUGUAAAGAUCCAGCUGGGUGACGUGAGUUUCUCGAUGGAGUUUCGUCUCACUAUUAAUUCUCGUGCUUCAGACCUGAUGUCACAGUUUUAUAAAGAACUACACACCUCUGACAACAGCAGGGGACUCCUGAAACGAAAUGGUUCAACAACCUACCCAGACUGUGCUCUCUAUGAAGUGGGCGGGAAUAUCGGUGAACAUUGUUUGGAUCCAGAGACUCAUUUGUUCGACCUGUACAACACCAACCCCAGCGGUGAGUGGAUCAUCAAACGGAGAUGGUCCAGCAGAGGGCAGUAGAGACACACGAGAGCGCCACAGGAGACCUUUGACCCCUGAGGAAAGCACUGCUCUGAACACUGAGAUCUGUCUGAUGUCAUGAAGCUGGACUUCUGCACUGAGUUUGGACUCUGUUGAUGUUGUGUUGUGCUGGUUUGAUGCUGAAGGGCCGCUGGAGAUUGUUGUAUUAUUUAUUAAGCGGCAGAGCAGCGCUGUGUUUGUAGAUGUGAUUAAUGAAUGUCAGGUGUUGUGCUGUACACAGAUCUGGUGCCUCGCAGUAUUAAACACACGACGCAGUGUGAGUCUCAGCGUGAGUCUGGAGCGUCACUGGACACUUAAGAUAAACGCUCUCUCUCUCUCUCUCUCACUUCUGUCGUUUGAUCCAAUUAUUACCUUCAGUACUACUUUUAAAUAUGUUAUUGUACUAUAUUGAAGCACUUCCAAGC